AUGCAUACCGAAAGCAUUGCUCGAGCAUUCGAUGCGGAUGCUUUCUUGUGCACAGCUGAAGAACUCUGCUCGCGUAGACGGAAAACGCCUGGAACUUACGCUGGAUUCGAACCCACCCAGUAUGAUGGUAUCGCCCAGCAGUACGUCAGCCCAAAGGACCUCCCACAUGGCAAGAUGGAGAAGGCUUUGAUAUCAAAGGCACUCGGAAACUGCACUGGACUCCGAAUUCUCGACAUUGCCGGUGGGACUGGAGACCAUGCUCGCGUUGCAAUUGAAGGGGGAGCCGAUCGAAUCGAUGUUGUUGAUAUCAGCGAGGCGAUGAUGGAAGUGGGAAAGAAGAUCGAGGCUGAGGCUGGUCGAGAGGUAAUCCAUUGGUAUCGCGGCGACAUAGUGCUGCCUCUGUGGGAGCAGAUCAAAGAGCUACCGAUCCAAGGCUACGAUAUCAUCAUGGGCUCAUUUCCUUUCGAUCACAUAGAGACAGUGGAGGAGUUGGUCUCUAUGUGGAGAAACAUUGCUGCAUACCUCAAGCCCGGAGGCCGAAUGAUUGGCGCCAGAAUCCAGAAUCCAUGGUCCCGCUGCGUCCAGGAUGGCAAAUAUGGCGCGAGGGCAACCCUCAUCGAACAGACAGCGACACGCGCUGUGAGGUGCCAGGUCCUGGUCAAUACCAAGCCACCCUUCACCUUCUACUCUUGCUCCACCGAGAUCAGCCUGCGAGGCGACACAUAUAUCCCCAACACGCUCGGAGUCAUCGACGUACAGAACUUAGAUCCAAAGGAAACGGAGCUAUUCCAAGAAGACCCGGAAUUCUGGAAAGACUUUGUCGAAGAUCCGUAUUUUGUGGUUUUCACGGCGAGAAGGAUCUCGGUCUCGUCUAAAUGA